GUAUUAGUCGUGUGUGUGAAAUGGAGACUCUCUGUUCUCCAUUCACCUCUGCGUUGGCGUUCCCAUCUUUGUCUAAACGUCGCAUCAGAGCCUCUCUCGCCGUUGAGCAACACACUCACCAAACUAAGGUUGCACUCCUCAGAAUUGGAACCAGAGGAAGUCCACUAGCUCUGACUCAGGCAUACGAGACCAGAGACAAACUCAUUGCAUCACAUCCAGAGCUAGCGGAAGAAGGGGCUAUUCAGAUUGUAAUAAUAAAAACAACCGGUGACAAUAUACUAUCACAACCGCUUGCAGACAUCGGUGGGAAGGGCUUGUUCACCAAAGAAAUUGAUGAGGCACUCAUAAACUGUGACAUUGACAUUGCUGUCCACUCAAUGAAAGAUGUUCCUACUUACUUACCUGAUAAAACAAUUCUACCAUGUAAUCUUCCACGUGAGGAUGUUAGAGAUGCAUUUAUAUCCUUGAGUGCAACUUCACUGGCUGAUCUACCCUCUGGAAAUGUUGUUGGUACUGCUUCACUCAGGCGAAAGUCACAGAUACUCCACAGAUAUCCAUCUCUAAAUGUGGAGGAAAAUUUCCGUGGAAAUGUGCAAACAAGGCUAAGGAAACUCAGUGACGGCAUUGUCCAAGCUACCUUAUUGGCAUUAGCUGGACUCAAACGAUUAAAUAUGACAGAAAAUGUGACUUCAAUCCUAUCCAUUGAUGAUAUGCUUCCAGCUGUUGCCCAAGGUGCAAUUGGAAUAGCCUGUAGAAGUAAUGAUAAUAAAAUGGCAGAAUACAUUGCCUCACUGAAUCAUGAAGAAACAAGACUAGCAGUUUCCUGUGAAAGAGCCUUCCUUGAAACUCUGGAUGGAUCUUGCCGCACUCCUAUUGCAGGGUAUGCUUACAGAAACGAGGAUGGCAAUUGCUUGUUUAGAGGAUUAGUUGCUUCCCCUGAUGGAACAUGUGUUCUUGAAACUUCCAGAAUUGGUCCAUAUGCUGUUGAAGAUAUGAUGAAGAUGGGUAAAGAUGCUGGGGAGGAGCUUCUUUCUCGAGCUGGACCUGGCUUUUUCAGUAGUUGACAGCCUACAUUAAAGGGCCAACACCUGAUCAGAGUACGUAGGUAUGAGAGGUUGCAUGAUCAGCUUAUAUAGGUAACUGCAUCCCAAGUUUGUCUAUUCCUUAACAGUGUUGUAAAGACUAAAACAUUUAGCAUGGUCAAAAUGUUGUAUCUUAAGGUGAUUAGAAAGCCAAAUUUUAUAGUGUAGAUUAUUCCCGCAACAGUGUAAUAUGGGCGUUUGGUUGAAUGACUGUUUCUUUACAUGGGGGUGUUUGUUUUCAUGUUUGGUGGUACAAGUUUUCAAAAACCAUUUACAUCUAAAUUUAAUUUCCAACUUUUUAAGG